CGAUGAUUGAUCAGUCUGUGAGCUCUUGUUUGGCCGUCUCUUGCUCGAGGCUGACCAUUCGUGGCUUUUGUGGCAGCCAGGGACCCGCUGCUGCCUCAGGACCGCGCUCUCCGUUAACACAUCACCUCGUUCUCUCGUCUCCCUCACUACGCUUCCGAGAUGCCAGACCAUCAAAUCUUCAAGGCCACUUACAGUGGUAUUCCGGUGUACGAGAUGAUGUGCAAGGGCGUUGCGGUGAUGAGACGGCGCUCCGAUUCCUGGCUCAACGCAACCCAAAUCCUUAAAGUCGCGGGAUUUGAUAAGCCCCAGCGCACCCGUGUUCUAGAGCGAGAGGUUCAAAAGGGCGAGCAUGAGAAGGUUCAGGGAGGCUAUGGCAAAUAUCAAGGAACGUGGAUUCCGCUGGAAAGAGGUCUUGCUCUCGCCAAACAGUACAACUGCGAAAGCAUGCUGCGACCCAUCAUCGACUUCCAGCCUGCAGCCAAGAGUCCUCCCUUGGCCCCCAAGCAUGUUAUCGCUAGCGGCUCGUCUGCAGUCCGCCCCUCCAGACGCUCUCAUGCAGAAACUGACAGCCCCAUGGUCAGCACACGAUCCUCUCGACGCCAUGUAGACGUCCCUGAUGAGGAGUCUGAACACGAAACCAUGUCGGACCGUGGGUCGGAGGACGGGUCCAUGACCCCUUCUCCUUCCGAAGCUUCUUCUAGCUCACGUACGCCGUCGCCGAUACACAGUCCGGGCUCGCACGUGUCUAACGGUCGUGAUGCUGGUCGACGAAGACACCACAGUCCAUCGAAGGGACCGGACCCACGCCAAUACGCAGAUCAACUACUGGAGUUCUUCAUCUCAGACUCGAACCAACUACCUCAUUUCCUUGUCAACCCGACCCCAGAUUUUGAUCCCAACAUGGCGAUCGAUGAUGAUGGUCACACGCCGCUGCACUGGGCCUGCGCCAUGGGCCGAAUUCGAGUCGUGAAGCUUUUGUUAUCAGCGGGCGCGGAUGUCUUCAAAGUCAACAACUCUGGCCAGACCUGUCUGAUGCGCAGUGUGAUGUUCGCGAACAACUAUGACGUUCGCAAGUUCCCCGAACUAUACGAGUUGCUCAAUCGUUCGACAUUGAACAUCGACAAUUUCAAUCGUACUGUGUUCCAUCACAUCGUGGAUGUCGCCAUGUCCAAGGGGAAGACGCAUGCUGCGCGCUAUUACAUGGAAAUCGUGGUCGGGCGACUAUCCGAUUUCAAAGGCGAAGUAGCGGAUGUCCUCAACUUCCAGGACGAGGACGGCGAGACUGCGUUGACGAUGGCAGCUCGUUGUCGCAGCAAACGACUAGUCAAGCUGCUCAUCGACAGCGGUGCUGACCCCAAGAUCGUGAACAAUGACGGCAAGAGCACGGAAGACUACAUUCUGGAGGAUGAGCGUUUCAGAUCUUCGCCUGCUCCCGUCUCUCGGACAUCGGGCAUGUCAUUCCGCAACGCGCAUGCUGCCAACGGCUCUUAUGCUUUUGGGCCCCACAAUGGGGAUAAACCGCCGUUACAUCACUCGGUAGCUGGUCAGCGUGCCAGCACACGUUGUGUGAAUGAUAUGACGAACAUGCUGGAUAGUUUGGCGGCUUCGUUUGACCAAGAGCUGCGGGACAAAGAACGCGACUCGAUGCAAGCGCAUGCUCUCCUGUCCAACAUCCAGGCUGAGAUUCUCGAAAGCCAGCGCACCGUGAACCAUUUGCGGAAUCAGGCUGAUGGCCUCGCUGCAGCAAAACAUCGCCUAAAGGAGCUCGAGGGUGUUUUGAACACCAAGAUGGGCCGCAGAUAUCGACUGGGCUGGGAGAAGUGGGUCAGAGAUGAGGAGAUGCGCGAGGCGGAGAUCCGUGCUGCUUCAAAUGGGCAGUUGGUCUCUCCGGACGUAAACAUGGACGGUGGGACUGCAGACAUCUCGGACCUGCUUGCGCUCUAUUCGGAUCUACCUACCGACCCUGAGGGUAUCCGACAAGCGGGCGAGAGUCUUCGGCAGGAGAUCGACCAGUUCCGCAAACGGCGGAAGGACACUUUCGAUACGCUUGUGUCGUUCCAGACGGAAGCCGGCACCAGCGCACGGAUGGCUGAAUACAGGCGACUUAUUGGUGCUGGAUGUGGUGGUGUCCCCCCGUCGGAAGUCGACCACGUGCUUGGGAUGUUGCUCGAGACUCUGGAAUCAGAAGAGCCGAGCUCGUCCUCUACUGCAUGGGGGAAAGCGACUUGAGCAGAAUAUAUCUCCUUAUUUGUAUCUACUCUCUGUGUCCACCGCGCUGUCUGUAAUACGUAUGUACCGCCAUAAAUCGAGUUUCCAUGUCAGACAGACACCGGAGAGUGCUUGUCCAAU